AUGGAAAAUGAUUCCCCAUCUCAGCCCGUAAAGCAUACAGAAGAAUCUAACAAAGCUAAAAUUGCUCCCGCAAAACAUACCGAAGAAGCUAAACUUUCUCCUCCUGUCAAGAAGCCUGGAGAAGAACCACUCAAAUCUCAAUAUCCCCCUACUCCUUCCGCCACAAAACACGAGAAGCACGAGAAGUCGGGUGUCGAUGAAGAUGAAAACCACCCUGGUAGACGAGAUCCGGCAAAUAAAUGCGCGGCUGUUAUUAUAGGAGGGGAAUUCAAAGAACAUCUUGACCUUAUCGGCCGUGACUUUUCAAAGGUGGACUCCUACGCACGUGCCACUCCCGCAUCCGAAACUAGUUCGGUAGAACGUUUGUCCAAGCAUCUUACUUCACGUUGGAACGAUCCUAUAGAUAAAUUACGUGCAAUUUUUGUUUGGAUUGCGGAUAACAUUUCAUAUGAUACCGAUGCUUUCUUUUCAGGUAACAUCCGUCAUCAUGAUGCCGAGGAUACCUUGAAAUCGCGUAAAGGUGUUUGUGAUGGAUAUGCUGAAUUAUUCAAUGGUUUAGCUAAUCAUGCUGGAUUGAAGACUUGGAAGAUUACUGGCAAAGCAAAAGGCCACCACUUUAACCCUGGCGAUGAUAUUAAUAGUAAGAAAUUUGCUCACGCGUGGAAUGGUGUUGCAUAUAAAGGAGAAUACCUCAUUGUCGACAGUACUUGGGGUUCUGGACAUCUAAGUGGCCAAAAAUUUGAAAGACGCUUUGAACCAUUUUAUUUCCUUACACGUCCAACCUAUUUCAUAUAUACUCAUUUGCCUGAUGAUCCAAAAGAACAAUACAUAUCACCUCAACUUACUACAGAUGAUUUCCUUAAUUUAACUCAUGUUAAACCACCAUACUUUGCUGCUGGUUUGGAAUUCCGUGAACUCCUUGGAGAUACUAUUACUGUCCAAGAUGACUUGAUUGAUUUGGAAAUUGCAAGAUAUCAUGUUGAUGAAGGACAACCAUUACAUGCUGUGCUUGGAUGGAAUGGUAAAGAGCAUGAAGUCUUAGUUCAAAGGGUGAUUGGGUAUGAUUCAAGUGCAGGACACGUCUAUAGACUGCAGGCUAUGUGCCCAAGUCGUGGUGAAGGAAAACUUGAACUAUAUGUGAUGUUUGAAGGUAACAAGGGUCCAUUAGCUGCAAGCUUCAAGAUCAUAAACAAAGGAAGCGGCAAAAAUUAUAGUCCAUUUGUCAAAACCUACAGGGUCCCAUUCAAAUUUACCAUCCAAUCACCAAUUCAUUCAAACCUAAAAUUCAAUAAAAACUAUAAAUUUGAAUUUUCAGUAUUGGAUUUAAAGGAGAGCGAACAUCCCGAAUUCUCCUUAAUAACUCCAGAUAAAAGUCUCCGAAAACUUCAAAAAGCAUCAAGAUGUGAGGAUGGAAGUGUUACCUAUGAAACUGAAACGACAGUUGAUCAAAGGGGUGAUUGGAAAUUGGUAUUUUCGUCGAAUGGAAAGAAUUUCGAUUUUAUUGCGCAAUAUCAUGUUGAAUAA